GGGACGAAAGGUUUGGGAUGAUCAUCGGCGACAAUCGCGUCAAUCGAGCAUGUCCACCAUAACGAGAGGGGUGGCGAACAUUGAUGUGAGGGCGGACGAUGUAUUCGGCGAUUGCGAUGGUGCAGGGGGCGAAGAUUGCGCUGCAGGCGACGAGAGCAAUGACAACGACGAGGACGGCUACGGGGAGAUGGAGAUUCGUCCGAUAGGGAGGAAGCGGGGAGGGUCAAGGGCCACAAACAAGUCUACACAACCGCGCGCGGGGCGGAGAGGCAAGAAGGGUGCGGGAGAUACGUCGAUAGGAGAGGUAGCAAAAAGCAGGGAUUUUUGGACCGUGGACCACAUGAUUGCUCUGAUUCGAGCUAAAAGAGACCAGGACUUGCAUCUGGCCGGCCUCGGUCACAACAACGGAAGGAUGAAGACGAAGACAUGGAAGUGGGACGACGUCGAGAAGAGGCUCAUGCAGAUGGGGGUGACGAGUAGAAAGGCCGAGGACUGCAUGAAAAAAUGGGACAACUUGUACCAACAGUUCAAAACCGUGCACAAGUUCAUGGGAAAAUCGGGGAAGCCAAAUUUCUUCACACUAACGCCGGGGGAGAGGAAGGAGCGGGGGUUCGAUUUUCAGAUGGAUGACCGUGUGUAUUCGGAGAUGAAGGCCAUGUCCAGGGGCAAUCACACUAUACACCCCACGAAUCUCGUGGACACGGGUGUGGCCGGAGGUGUUCAAAUGCCCUGUCCACGUGGAGGUCGGAAUGAAUCCGGCGGUAGCGAGGGAUGCGAGGAUGGACAGGACGACGAUCAGGGAUCGACGAGGGAUUCAACGUUCAACGGCGUUGGUGGUGGCGGGGGCGACAAACGAAAGAAUGUAAGACAACAGACCUUCGACACGAUUGCGGACGUCAUGAAGGACCACGAGAAUCUGAUGGCGACGACGGUGGACAUCGCGAGCAAGAGGCAGUGCUCAAUUCUGACGAGGCAAUCCGACAUUCUAGAGCGAGAGCUAGAAGUGCAGAAGGAACACUACGUGAAGGCCGACCAUGCGAACUUCAUGAUGGGCGGGCUCUUGUGGACGGCGAGGCGUGUCCAUGGUGUGCUGCGAGAGCACGGUAUGUACAAAAGGAGAGUACGGGCGGCACUCCGUACGACAGUGAUUCAUUUCCCACGGCUCCAACGACACUGUUUGUGCACUGAGUCGUCGUUACAGGCCUGCACAUCCACUUCGCCACUCCACGCUUCCGCUUUCGACUCCGCUGGCAGUGCCCCUUCAUGCGCAUCAAGCACGUGCGCCUCCUCGAACGUCGCCAUCAUUGUCACGGCUCCGUGGCCAGUGCCCCUUCCUGCGCAUCAUCCACGUGCUUCUUCGGCCACGUGCCCGUCGUCGACCUCCACGCGUCCACCGUCCACGUGGUCCUUCAUCGACGUCCUCCUUCAUCCACGUGGUUGUCGUUCCCGAUUUGCGGACGAGAUGGCACCGAGGAAUGCCUCAGGGAAGGGCAGGAAAGAUAGCGGAGUAGGGGAUGGGGGGGAAACCCAAAAAGGCAGAGGCCACGUGCCAAAGUCGAAAAGGCAGCGCGUCGACCAGGCUAGCUCCGAACACAAUGACGACUUCCAGGCAGAGGAAGUGGUGAUGGUGGAUCCGCAAGGGACAGCAGGGGCGAUGCGAUUGGGUUUUGGGCGGGAUGGGGUGUCGAGGGAACAGUUGUCCGCUAUCAAACAGAGCCUCGUUGUUGGUGGCGCCGGGACGUUGCCGAGGACCCCGAAGGCGGCAGGGGUUCUCAUCACGGAGGCGCGCGUUUUGAGGCAACUUCCGGUGGUGGGGGGCCAGGGUCAUCCACGUCAGCCACUCCCCCUGCAACAGGCGGGGGCUUCAGGUGGAGGCAAAGCACCGUCCGUGCAAAAGGGCGACGCGACAGCGAGCGACACUCAUACGGCGGCGGUGGAUCACAGCAGUAGAAGCGUAGUCGCCGAAGGUGCGGAGGAGGCGAGGGUCGAUGACGUCCGUCGCGACGAUGGGAGAAGAGAUGGAAAGCGGGAGGGCGAUGACGACGACGACCGUCCACUUGUCACGAGGUUGAAGGGUGCGGCAAAGGAGGACGAUGUGGAGGAGAGGUCGAAGUUGUGGGUUGAUUGCAACGCUUUCUGGGGUCAGGGCCCGCGGAAACCAUUGAGGGAGGCGAUCGAGGACCCUGCGCAGCGCAAACCCGCUUUGCGCAGAGCGCGCAACGUGGAAAAACUGGUGUUGCGCACCAUCCACGGCUGGAUCUUCAAAUCGUCGUCGAGGUCGACUGGCUUCGCUCGUGCAGAGUCGUACAUCAGCGUGGACUUAGUUACAGACGUCGCACGAGCAGUUUGGCAGGGAUACGAAUGGUCGAAAGUGGUUUCCCCUGCCAUGGUCUACCACACGCUGGCGAUGAAGAUGGACGUUCCUCUGUGGUUCGCGGGGGUGAAGAUUGUGGACCGGCCUGAAGACGACGACAUGGCGGCACGACAGGAGACGACAGUUCUUCGCGUGGCAGACUGCUGGACAAAUGCAGUCUGGUGUGGACAAUGGGCGGACGACGGCUGCGUGAAACAGGAGAGGUUGUCUCGGCUUGCGGAUUGUCUUCGAGCGUUGUUGAGCGCGUGCAUGUGGAUCAUGCGCAUGGGUGGUGACAAUGACCAAUCAAACUACGAGGCGUGGUUCUACGUGUCCAUGGUCGCCAAACCCACAAUGAUAGCGGCGGGGUCCUACAUCUUCGACUGGCGGCGAAACAUCGUCGACACCGCCAACCUCGUUUUGGAUCGUAUAGGGAAGGCUCACCUGACGCUGGGAGAUUACCCGCAUUGCAUUCCGAAAUGGUCUGAUUGUGGUUUGGUGUUAAGGCAUAACGCGACCCCGAAGAAUGCAGCGGAAGCCGCGAAACACGGCUGGAUCGGCAGCGGGCCCCCGACGGAGGAUGAUGCAGAUGACGGGAGUUGACAGGCGUUAAUGGUCAUCACAUGCUCGUCCACAUCUUCUUUUGUAUGCGGCAUACUCAUUCGGUCGUCGACUCGUGGCGUUGUUAUCAUCGCCGGCAUCUGAGAAAGCAAAAGAAAACAAGGAAAACAUGAAGGAACCUAUCCACACACUUUCGUUGGCAUCCUUUUCUGUUUGCUGCCCGUGUUUCCCUUCAUGAUGCCAUCGCUAAAACCUGAUGAUCGUGCGCACCGCACGAAAGCCAAAAUAAAGGGAAAAAAAAAUAAAUGGAUGGUCACCACGCAGUUGCCGAAUAAACACAUCUUUCAUGA